GUGCCGCUGCCAGUUGUGUCGUCACUUCCUUCGUAUGACGCAGCCUAACAUGUAAACACGGAAGCACCGAGUGAAAAACAAAACCGCUGUCACCCGGGGACCCAGCCUGGGGUGAGCCAUGACGCAGCAGCGCGGUGUGAACGGGCUCCGGUUCAACCAGGAUCAAAGCUGCUUCUGUUGUGCCAUGGAGACGGGAGUGAGGAUCUUUAACAUUGAGCCGCUGAUGGAGAAGGGUCACCUCGACCUGGAGCAGGUGGGCAGUGUCGGACAAGUAGAAAUGCUACACAGGUGUAAUCUACUGGCGCUUGUUGGAGGUGGGAGUAAUCCCAAAUUCUCCGAUAUAUCAGUGCUGAUCUGGGAUGAUUCACGGGAUGGAAAGGAUAGGCUGGUUCUGGAAUUUACAUUUACUAAACCCGUGCUCAGUGUACGUCUGAGAUCUGACAAAAUCGUCAUCAUACUGAAAAAUCGGAUUUAUGUCUACUCUUUCCCUGACAAUCCUACCAAACUCUUUGAGUUUGACACCCGAGACAACCCUAAAGGCCUGUGCGAUCUGUGCCCCAGUAUGGAGAAACAGUUGCUUGUGUUCCCGGGACAUAAAUGUGGCAGCCUGCAGCUGGUGGAUCUGUGCAAUGCCAAGCCCAGCAGUUCCUCCGCCCCAUUCACCAUAAACGCCCAUCAGAGUGAACUGGGCUGCCUGGCCGUCAAUCAGCAGGGCACACUAGUGGCUUCCGCAUCCCGCAAAGGCACUUUAAUCCGGCUGUUUGACACCCAGACGCGGGAGCAGCUGGUGGAACUGCGGCGUGGCACAGACCCAGCCACUUUAUACUGUAUCAGUUUCAGCCACGACAGCUCCUUCCUGUGUAGUUCCAGCGAUAAAGGCACCGUGCACAUCUUCGCUCUGAAGGACACCAAGCUGAACCGCCGCUCUGCCUUGGCGCGUGUUGGGAAGGUGGGUCCUAUGAUUGGCCAGUACGUGGAUUCACAGUGGAGUUUGGCCAGUUUCACCGUACCUGCAGAGUCUGCCUGUAUCUGCGCAUUCGGCAAAAACACCUCCAAAAAUGUCAAUUCUGUCAUAGCGGUCUGCGUGGACGGAACGUUUCACAAGUACGUCUUCACCCCAGAAGGGAACUGUAACCGGGAGGCCUUUGAUGUAUAUCUGGACAUCUGCGAUGAUGACAUAUUUUGAGCCGCUAUUGACGUGGCAGCGACUGGGCUGAAGAUACAGGGUCAGGCCUGAUUACAGGAGAACACUGUAUCAGGUCGCUCACGGAGGGGAAUAUAUGGACAUUGGACACUAAUGCUGUGUUCAUGCUGUGGGGGUAAUUCCAAGUUGAUCGCAGCAGGAUUUUUGAUAGCAAUUGGGCAAAACCAUGUGCACUGCAGGGGAGGCAGAUAUAACAUGUGCAGAGAGAGUUAGAUUUGGGUGGGUUAUUUUGUUUCUGUGCAGGGUAAAUACUGGCUGCUUUAUUUUUACACUGCAAUUAAGAUUGCAGAUUGAACACACCCCACCCAAAUCUAACUCUCUCUGCACAUGUUACACCUGCCCCCUGCAGUGCACAUGGUUUUGCCCAAUUGCUAACAAAAAUCCUGCUGCGAUCAACUUGGAAUUACCCCCAUGCUGUAUUAUUAUUAUUGUAUAUAGGAUGGCAUUGCUUGUAUGUAUUCUAAAUGUUUCUUAGUAAUAAAGGAGUUUAAAGACA